AUGUCUUGGUCUAGAUCUUCCAUUUUUUAUAUCAAUGUUGAGGCCGAUGGGAUUACUACCACUUCCUCAGCUGUCCUUAUCAAUGGCUCACCAGAUUCUUUCUUCAACCCUUCAAGAGGUUUAAGGCAAGGAGAUCCCUUAUCCUCCUACCUCUUUUUAUUCUGCAUGGAAGCUCUCUCAAGAACUCUUACUCAUGCUGAGGACUUAAGCAUCAUUACUGGAAUAAAAAUUUGUGGAAGCGCACCCUCAAUUAACCACCUUCUGUUUGCUGAUGACUGCAUGGUUUUCUGCAAAGCAAACAAAGUAGAAGCUCAAAACCUCAUGGACAUCCUCAACAUCUUUGGAGAAACCUCUGGUCAGCUCAUUAAUUUCAACAAAUCUGGGGUGUUCUUCAGCAAAAACACUGAUCCAAACCUCUUCUCAAUCAUCAACAACAUUAUGGGAGUUCAAGUUCUGCAACUGGAUGACAAAUAUCUAGGUUCUCCCCUUUUCACUCACAUAAGCAAAAUCAAGUCAUUCAAGCCAGGAGUGGAUAAAUUAAAACUGAGACUCUCCAUCUGGAAAAAUGUGCAUCUAGACCAUGCUGGCAGGGAAGUUCUCAUCAAAACUGUUACAUCCACAGCCAGUAUCUAUCAAAUGAACUGUUUCAGAAUCCCUAAACAAACUUGCCAGGAUUUGAACAAGCUGCAAAGAGAUUUUUUCAGGGGCAAAAAUCUGGAAAACCCAAGAGGAUACUACCCAAAGGCCUGGACAACAAUAUGCAAACCAAAAGAUAUGGGAGGAUUAGGUUUUAUGAAUAUGGAACUCUUCAACAGUUUCAUGAUUACAAAGAUUGGAUGGAGACUUGAACAAGAAAAAGACUUUCUCUGGUACAAAAUCAUGGAUGCCAAAUAUCUUCUAGGAAGGAAUGUCCUAAAUAUGGAUACAAAAGCAAAGCCUGGAGACUCUUGGAUCUGGAAAGGGAUUCUAGAAGGAAUACAGAAUAUACAACAACACUAUAACUGGAAGAUAGCUCUAUACAAGGCGAAUAUAGAACACUUAUACAAAAAUGAUACCAGUAACAGAAAUUGGGAGGGUAUCUGGAGAUUGGAUACUGCUCCAGCUAUCAAGAUCUUUCUCUGGAACUGUGCACAUGAAAUUCUUCCUACCAAUGCUAAGACUGCAAGCAUUCUGCAGUACAUUAAUCCUAUUUGUCAGGUCUGCAGUAGUGGAGAGGAGACAAUGACACAUCUCUUCCUAAACUGCCCUAAUGCUACUGCAAUUUGGCAUGAAAUCUUGGGGACCAACCAUGGAAAGUUUGACAACAACACAAAUUUUAUGGACUGGUUCAACUCCUGGUUUGAUACUGGAGCCAUUCUUGGAAAAACUAUUUUAUAUGCUACCACCUGCUGGCAUAUCUGGAAAGCUAGGUGUGAUCUGGUUUUCAAUCACAUAACUCCAAAUGUUAAACACACUUCUCAUUGUAUUCAGCAAUACCUAUGUGAUUAUAGCAGAGUGCACAACCUAUCUUCUCAUGCUCUCAAUGAUCUCCUCUCAAACAACCUUGGGACUGACACUGAAUCUGUCACACAUAUUCCGUAUGACCUGAACCACACUCCACAGGAGUUUGGUUUCACCAUAAGGAUAUGCACUAUACAGAACCCUAAGACUUGCAAAUUUUUCUCUGCACUAACUAUUUUGGAUGCUGCAUGA